AUGACUGUCAUGCUUUCAUUUUCAAGGCCGGGAAUGUUAAGGUCAUACACUCAUAUAUUGAAAAGAAGGGGAGUCCCAGUAGUAUCCUAUUUUUCCACGGAAUCAAAUGAGUCAUCUUUACAAUUAUCUCAAAGAGAACUUCGUGAAAAGGCUAUUGCUGAUGCAUUAGCUAGAGAAGAAGAAGCUCUUGCUAAAGUAAAAGCAUUGCGUGAAUUAAAAGAAAAGACAAAAGAAUUGAUAGGAACUUUAAAUAAGACUCCUACUUCGCUCAUUCAUGCUAGGUUAGAUAAACUUCAGUCUAGCAUCAAAGGUUUAAAAAAUCAAGACAAGAUCAAACAGUUAGAUGAAGAAUUGGAAGAGUUCAUGUUCAACCAAAUGAAUAUUCCUUAUGGAGAGAUUUCAAAUCAUCCAUGGGCUGCUAAAUCUGUAUCUGAAAAGAAGCAGACCUCUAAUUCAUCUUUGGACUCAUCAUCCACUUCUGGCUCACAAUCAACAAUAAAAUCAACUUCCUCUCACUCAUACACCAAUGAAUUUCCAAAUUUAAAGCCAACCCCUGAUUACAAGCCAUAUUCUGAACAAGAGCUUUACUUACGUCAGCUAUCUCAUUCACGUAACUCCGGUUCUCUUGGAUCUGAGUUAACUAAUAUUUAUAGAGCUAGAGAUGAAGUUAGGAGACCAAAGACUAUUUCAGAAGUUACUAUUAACAAGUUAAUGGCAGCUGGAUGUCAUUUGGGACAUUCCAAGGCAUUGUGGAGACCAUCUACUCAACCAUUUCUUUAUGGUGAAUAUGACGGUGUACAUCUUAUUGACUUGAAUGAAACCAUGGUUGCUUUAAAAAGAGCAGCUAAGGUUGCCAAAGGAGUAGCGGGCCAGGGUGGUGUUAUCUUGUACGUUGGUACAAGCAAAAACUGGGAACAACUGAGAAGUGUAGAAGAAGCUGCAAAUCGCUCUAAUGGUUACUACGUUUCAAAGAGAUGGAUCCCCGGUACUAUUACUAACUUCACAGAGGUCACCAAGCAAGUUGAUGUCAACAGUAGGAAGGAGGUUGAUAUGUUGGACCUCCCUACAAAUCGUGUUUUGGAUCCUGCUGUUAACGGUGGAAUAAUCAAGCCUGAUCUCGUCGUUAUUUUGAAUCCAGUGGAAAACAGGAACUGUAUAAACGAAUGUAUAAAGCUGAGAAUUCCAACUAUUGGACUUUGUGACACUGACAUGGAGCCUUCGUUGUUGACUUAUCCAAUUCCUUGUAAUGAUGACUCCAUGAGAGCUACCUCAUUGAUGGUUGGUAUUUUAUCGAAAGCCGCUGAGGAAGGCUUGAAUCAAAGACACGAAAUUGUUUCAAAAUAUAGAAAAGAUGCCGCUAAAGCUGGGUCGGAAACUUCUCAAGUCGUUAAAAAGUUUUCUAAAAGAAGAAACUAA